GUGUGAGAUGGCUCUUGGGGAGUUCCUCAAGGAGAUCAAGAAGAACCCCUCCAGUGUCAAGUUUGCAGAAAUGGCCAAUAUCCUGGUGAUCCACUGCCAGGCAGCAGAUGACCUGAUCCAGCUGACAGCUAUGUGCUGGAUGAGGGAGUUCAUCCAGCUGGCUGGCCGGGUGAUGCUGCCUUACUCCUCAGGGAUCCUGACUGCUGUCCUGCCAUGUCUCUCCUACGACGAUCGCAAGAAGAACAUCAAGCAGGUGGCCAAUGUGUGUAACCAGAGCCUGAUGAAGCUGGUCAUCCCAGAGGAUGAUGAAAUGGAUGAAGCCAGGCAGUCGACGACCCUGUUGGCAGAGCCCACCUCAGAGGAGUUUGUCUCCAAACCAGAGGCAGCAUCCAGUGGCUUUCUGGAUGUAGCCAGCAACUCCAGCUUCAGCAACAGUGUCUUGACAGUAACCAGCAGUGAGAGGAUCCAGGUGACCCUGAACCUGGAUGGAAUAGUUCAGGUGCUAGACUGCCACCUUCAUGACACAUCCAUUGGGAUGAUGACCAGAAUUGCAGUCCUGAAAUGGCUCUACCACUUGUACAUCAAGACUCCUCGUAAGAUGUUCCGACACACCGACAGCCUCCUCCCCAACUUGCUGCGGACCCUCUCAGAUGAGUCAGAUGAGGUAAUCCUGAAGGACCUGGAAGUGCUGGCUGAGAUUGCAUCUUCCCCAGCGGGACAGACAGAUGGUCAUGGUCCUUCUGACAGCUCCGAUGCACAACCCAGCCUGGUGGAGCUUCAGGUCCCGGACAGGGCUGGCCAGCUGAGCUCCUCUGGUAUGAAAGGCUUGGAGUGCUCGCCCUCCACUCCCACCAUGAACUCCUACUUUCACAAGUUCAUGAUCAACCUGCUCAAGCGCUUCAGCAGCGAACGGAAACUCCUGGAGACCAGAGGACCCUUCAUUAUCAGGCAACUCUGUCUACUUCUGAAUGCAGAAAACAUCUUCCACUCCAUGGCAGACAUACUCCUUCGAGAAGAAGACCUCAAGUUCGCUUCUACCAUGGUCCACACCCUGAACACUAUCCUGCUGACGUCCUCUGAGCUCUUCCAGCUGAGGAACCAACUGAAGGAAUUGAAGACCCCAGAAAGCUGUAACCUCUUCUGCUGCCUCUACCGGUCCUGGUGUCACAACCCCGUGACAACUGUGUCCCUCUGCUUCCUCACCCAGAACUACAAGCAUGCCUACGACCUCAUCCAGAAAUUUGGGGAUCUGGAUGUCACUGUGGAUUUCCUCACCGAGGUGGACAAGCUGGUGCAGCUCAUCGAGUGCCCCAUAUUCACAUACCUCCGCCUGCAGAUGCUGGACGUGAAGAAGAACCCCUACCUGAUCAAGGCUCUCUAUGGCUUGCUGAUGCUGCUGCCCCAGAGCAGCGCCUUCCAGCUCCUCUCCCACCGCCUGCAGUGCGUGCCCAACCCCGAGCUCUUGCAGAUGGACAGCACCAAAGCAACCACUGGCCUCAGGGGGACAACAGUGUCCAACAUCGACUACACAGAGCUGCUGCAACACUUUGAGAAGGUCCAAAACAAGCACCUAGAAGCACGACACCAGCGAGCCGGGCGGGCAGAGCAGUUGGAUUUUCCCCCCCUGCCAUAG